AUGAUGGGGAUGAUGGGGGGUGAUGAUGGGGAUGAUGGGGAUGAUGGAGAUGAUGGGGGUGAUGGGGAUGAUGGGGAUGAUGGAGAUGAUGGAGAUGAUGGGGAUGAUGGGGAUGAUGGGAUGAUGGAGAUGAUGGAUGAUGAUGGGGAUGAUGGGGAUGAUGGGGAUGAUGGAGAUGAUGGAGAUGAUGGGGAUGAUGGGGAUGAUGGGGAUGAUGGGGAUGAUGGGGGUGAUGAUGGAUGGAGAUGA